AUGGCCGUGAUGAAAGAGAAAGAGAAGGAGAUGAAGGAGGAGAAGGAGGCUACAAGACAGGCCCGCAUACAAGCUAUCAAGGACCGACGAGCAGCCAAGGAAGAGAAGGAGAGAUACGAGAAGCUGGCCGAGAAGAUGCACCGCAAACGAGUCGAGCGGAUGAGGAAGCGCGAGAAGAGGAACAAGCUGCUUAAUUCUUAG